AUCCACUCUCCCAUCUACCAACCUAUAUAUCCUAUAUAUAUCCGAUAUAUCUUUACCCGUUACGUCUUCCAUCGUCCCACCACCCCACCGUUUCUUGUUUUUAGCAUGAUCCUGAACGACAACGCACGAACCUCGAUCUACGUUUUCAACAAUGCUCAGUGCUGUAUUUGACCUGCUGCAACCAGCCCCAUGUAAUGUACCCUCGUACACCCUCGUAUGCUGUAAUACCCAGAGAACCCUUUGUGUAGGCUGACCCUCGGAAAUGUUCAACACAUUCAAUCACGUCGUUGUUCUCCCCUUGCGUAUCUACAAUUGGUAAGCUUUGAACAUGACGGGCAUACCAGCUCGUAUCCUCGACGCACCCGGUGUAUUUUAUGAAUCUGGUCAACCAAACGUCAAGGACACGUCGUCGAACACUCUGAACAUGGGCUUUGAACGAGGGGGGACAUGACGGUGUUUACAUUUUACAGCACCGCAAGGAUUUCAUGGUGAUGCUGAAGGUUGGUCAGUGCUACAGUUACGUUGAAUGAUGCAGGCGCUUUCGGCAAUGACUCGUUGAGGCAAAUAUUGAAGUUUUGAAGAGGCAAUGAUUCCAUUGGCGUCAGGCUUUCGACCCCAACGACAACGUUGUGGAAACGUUGCUCAUUCAUCUUCCUGGCAUCGCCUUACAAAGACUUGAAAACAAGUAAGUUCUUGACCUCUUUCUGUCUACCAUCACUAUGAGUAAGCCAUGAACUUGCCUUAUUCUGCUUAUCUGCCAACGGCGAACGCUCUUUUGAACGUAACCUUCCUUUUAGAGUUUGGACUCAGAGUCCACUCAUUGGUCCGUCGAACUUCGACGAUGAUUCUCUCCUGGUGUCUAUGUGACUGAAGAUGAAGCCUCUUUUCGCUUACUAACUCUUAUGCUGACCAUAACACCAUCAACCGGUUUGCGGAACCGUUGGUGGGUGCAGGUUCGUACGUAUAAGAUGCAAUGAGUCGUUGCCAGUGGUUGGAUUCUGCAUCCUCUCAUUCUCUAGUACUCUAAAAACUCAUAGGUUGUUCGAGCGCACUCAGACUUUCCUCUGAUGUCUUCCGCUCCUUCUAUCUGUGACACCGAAAAGACGGCCUGCGUACUGGACGCUCCCACACUCGUUGAGGCUUCGCAACUGCAAGAGAAGGCACCCGUGUCAUCUCGACCUUCACCAAAGGGCUGGCAGAAAGUUGCCAUCGUGUCAGUUCUGUCCUCUGCGCAGUUCUUUGAUAUCUUCAAUGCAUGUGCCUCUAUCGCUGCUCUACCUUCGAUUGGAACUGCCCUGAACUUCACUCCUGGAGUCCUUCAAUGGGUUCUCGCAGCUUACACCCUCACAUUCGCCUCCCUCCAAGUCCCCGCCGGACGUCUUACCGACCUCUACGACGCCAAGCUCAUUUUCUGCAUCGGUUAUCUCGGUCUUGGACUAUUCUCCAUUCUAUGUGCUGUUAGCGUUCAUCCUAUCAUGUUGGUCGUCUUUCGUGCCAUUUCAGGCAUUGGCGCAGCGAUGACUAUACCGUCUGCUAUCGCAAUGAUCGUCCAUAAUUUCCCUGAUCCUAAGGAGCAGAGUGCUGUACUCGGAAUAUAUGGAGCCUUUGGGGCCAUUGGGAACGCUGGAGGGUUCGUGAUCGGUGGGAUUGUAUCUGCGAAAGCGUCGUGGAGAUGGGUGUUCUAUAUUAUUGCCAUCGCUGCCAUUCCAUUCUCCGUCUUCGCGUACUUUUUCCUACCAAAAAUUGAAAGUGCACAGAAGGAGAAGCGGAGCCUUGACUUUCCUGGAAUCUCCAUCCUUACGGGUGGUCUCAUCCUCCUGGUGUACGCUCUUUCGGAUGGAAGUGAUCAGGGAUGGGGUACCCCUCAAAUCAUUGUCACUCUCAUGUUCUCCAUCGUCUUCUUCAUCGCAUUCUUCGUUGUCGAGCGUAUCACCAAGGAUCCCGCUCUUCCUCCUCGUCUUUGGCAUAUCACGAAUCUCGCAGUGAUGUUCUUCUACUCGAUGAGCGUUUAUUGGAACCUCUUCGCCAUUGAGCUCCAACUGACCAAAGUCUUCCAAGAUCUUUUCCUAUGGUCUCCUUUCAAAGCCGCUCUACAUUUCCUUCCCUUAGGUAUCACUGGCGGCAUAAGCGCAACGCUUGCAGGACAAUACGGUCAUCUCAUUCCUCGUCGAAUUCUACUAGUGGUUUCGCAGAUGCUCAUGCUGGUCGCAAGUAUCCUGCUCGCUCUGGCGCACAGUCCCGAUCGAUACUGGUCGUAUGUCUUACCAGCCAUGAUCAUCAACAUGGUCGGUCUGGCUGGAUCAUAUGUCGGUGCUACCGUUACAACGAUGGCAAGCGCACCGAAGGGCGAGGAAGGUGUAGUUGGCGCAGUGCUAUACACUACCUUUCAAUUGGGAUCGACCUUGGGUAUCGCUGUCGCAGCUGCGAUAUCUUUAAGCGUCAAUGAAAAGUUGCCGCUAGAUGCUUUGUCGCAGUUCACCGGAUAUGCGGCGUCGUUCUGGAGUCUUGUGGGGAUGCAUGGUAUCAUGAUCGUUAUUACACUACUGUUCGUCCAUAAUUAGUUCACAUUUGUUACCCGAUCACGGCCUUGGGAUCUUAGACUGACAUUCAUAACGCUAGAUUGCCCAUCUUUGUAUCCUAUAGUUGAUAGAGUUGUACUACGUAGAAUUAGAUAUUCCGAGUAUAAUACGCAUGUUUCUUGUUAUCAAUAUCAAUCACAGCUCUUGCACUCCUGGCAGUAG